AUGUUUUCUCAACUGCUUUGGUCUGCUGCCUUGACAGGACUGGCACGUCUUGUCCAGGCAGAAUUUGGUAUUGCUGGUGACCUGUUUCAGCUCCAGAACACCGCCUCUGUCAACAAUGCCAAGUUGUCGUGGGCGAUAGUGAAUGGCGCCAACGCCUAUCGCGUGGAGAGCACAAUAGGGGAAGGAGGAUCAUGGCAAACACUCGGGACCGUUCCAGGAAACACAUUCGACAGCUACAACCUCGCCGUAGGCUCGGCUUAUACCUUUCGAGUGACAGCACUCAAUGGCGAAACCGAAGUGGAUAAGUCCACUGCUGUACCACUUACUCCAUACACUCCGCUAAACUCAUACCUCGACUAUGACAAUACCAGUCCAUCUACCCUCCGGCGCAAGUCGGAGCUCUUGGUGAAUGGAGUGUACUAUCAAUACACGUACGAGACGCAAACGAAUGGAUCCUUCAGUCGGUUUGUGGAACAGACGUCAAGCGACGGCCUCGACUUCAGCGGUGACAAAACCGUCCUGACCAGCGAAAUUCUGUGCGCUCCAGCAAACUACUCGUGCAAGCUGGAGAGAGUCCAGUUCAGACAGCAUCCCAGCAGUGGCGAGUUCGUCAUGUGGGCACAUUAUGAGCGAUCACAAGAUUACGGACUCGGCUGGGUGGCUGUUGCCCACAUCAAGCCGGGAGCGAGUUCAAUGACAUUUGCUGGUGCAUUCGCACCCAACGGAGAUGAUUCCCGCGACAUGGCAUUCUUCGCCGAUGGCACUGACGCGUACUUGGUCACUAGCACCAACGUCAAUACCAACAACAACAUCUACCGUCUGAGCUCGGACUGGACCAAAGUCGAUUCCUUCCUCGUACAGGUGAACGCGGGCGGUCACCGAGAAGCGCCGUCGGUCAUCAAAUCAAACGGAUGGUACUAUCUGUUCACCAGUGGCGCUUCCGGCUGGCUGCCAUCGCAGCCCCAGUACAUUGCCGCCCAGGCCAUGGCGGGACCGUGGGGACCGCCGACCACGAUUGGCUCGACAUCCACAUUCGGUUCGCAGUCUGGAGGCGUCAACGAAUUCGGCAUGGGACAAUUCGCCAUGAAUGCAGAUCGCUGGUCAAACAACUGGCCGACCAAAGGCGGCCCCAACCGACAACUCAUGUUGCCCAUGGGUCUGUCUGCGCAAGGAGGCUUCGCAUCCUGCUCCUUUUACCACAAAGCCAAGUACUCGGAGGAAGCACCCGCGGGCCAAAACGUCUACGGCAUCCAAUCCGGCCAGAUCCUCUCCGUCGGCAAACCCGCCAGCUCCAGCGCAGGAGCAAAGGACAUUGCGUUCGCAAACGAUGGCAUCCAAACCGACGUCGACGCGACAUUUGUACCCAGCAGCGUGCCGUUUUGGUAUCAGAUUGAUUUACAACAGGCCUACAACAUCUCCCAAAUCGAUCUCACGACGAAAAUCGUUCCCGGGUCGGAUACGUUUUACCAUUAUAAUGUGACGGGAUCGUCGGACGGGAAAUAUUUUUCUCUGCUUCUCGCUGAUAUGCAUGAUAGUGUUGAUGUCGGGUUCAGUGUUGCCUUUGCGACGUCGACGGAGAAGGUGCGAUAUGUGAGAAUUUAUGUGGAUGGGAUUAUUAAUAAUGUGAAUGGGAAUGAGGCGGAUUGGACGGUGGGGAUUAAUGAGGUUACUGUGUAUGGUAGCUGAGGUGGGCAUACCUCCUAAAGUAAGGUGAGGUAAUAAAUGAAUGAUGCCAGGUAGAGAAUGAUGACUCCCCCAGCUAGGUAGAGUAGAUACUAGACUUUCAGCAGCCUUUAGGUAAUCAAUAAACAGUCUCCAUCAUCUACCAGAGGAGGGAGCGAAGGAGGUACUUGAAUCGCAUUUUCAAC